AUGACCGAUUCGUACGAAGAGCCCGCCCUGGGCUCAACAUCGAGCGCUCGCCUGAACCCUAGAGACGGCCUUAAGAAGCGCCGUCACUCUUCCUACCAGCCUCAAUCAUGGUCCGCAGACAACGAUGACAUUCAAUUACUGGUCGACCGUUUCCUCAAAGAACUGGGCCGCCGUCUGGAGUUCCUUGACUCAUACGGCCAUCUUAAAUUCGACUCUGGCAUUGAUCGCGCAUACAGCACUCUCCAUGCUGUUCACGAAUCCUGCAGCUAUGUUUCCGACGAGGUCAUCGAUGCUGGUAGACGCCGCGCGAAAAUCAUGGUCGACCUCCUAGAGGAGCGCUAUAGAGGCGCCCUGGCAAAGAAAGAGACAUUGGAACACAAGGUCCGUGAGGGUGUCCGCUUGAUGGAAAAGAUCCUGGUCGACUUCGAGACUCGCGCUUAUGCUAUGCGUGACGCUGGACUAGGAGCAGUUGCCUCGGACCUCAUGGACUCUGGAAGGCGGAAGAUGGACGAGGGAAUGCACAUUGCUACCGAGCUGGUUGACGAAGGCAUUGACAAGGCUCGUCGUGCAAAGGAGGCUGUCAAGGACGCGGUCAAGACAAAAAUAGAUGAGGCCAUCAAACGCGCAAAGGAGCAGGGCCUCAUUGGCUAUCACGACCUGCCCGACCCAUGGAAGAUCAACCCGCAUAUUACUCGUGGUUACCGCUUCUGCGAGACCAAGCUCGACUGCUUGCGCUCUUGGCUGUCUUUCUCCAACGAGACAGUCAACAUCUAUUCUCAUUUCCUAGGUCUCCUAGUCGUUCUCUCCAUCGCAUUCUACUUCUACCCUACCUCGGUACAUUUCUCCAUGUCGACAAAGUCGGACAUUUUUAUCGCCGCUGUCUUCUUCUUCGCUGCAUCAAAGUGCCUGGUCUGCAGCACUGUUUGGCACACCAUGAACUCCAUCUCCAACCAAACUCUUAUGGAGAGAUUUGCUUGCAUCGAUUACACCGGUAUUUCAUUAUUGGUAGCUGCGUCCAUCAUGACUACAGAGUACACAGCUUUCUAUUGCGAACCUAUCAGCCGCUGGACUUAUAUGUCGCUCACAGCCGCGCUGGGUGUUGGAGGCGUCAUACUUCCCUGGCACCCAACCUUCAACCGAAAUGAUCUCGCAUGGGCUCGUGUCGCUUUCUACGUGACUCUUGCUGCUACUGGUGGUCUGCCCGUAAUCCAACUGAUCUAUACUCGUGGUGCGAGCUGGGCCAUCUACUUCUACGCACCCAUUUUCAAAAGUCUGUUUGUAUACCUCACUGGUGCAAUGCUCUACGCCGCCAAGAUGCCUGAGCGUUUUGCACCAGGCUUCUUCGACUACUUUGGUGGUAGCCACAACCUCUGGCAUUUCGCUGUUCUUGGUGGCAUCCUCUUUCAUUACAGCGCCAUGCAAAGCUUCUUCGGAGACGCUUUCAGGCGAGCAGAGAGUCAGUGCACUGUUUACUAG